GGCCAACCCUGCCGACGUGGUGCCAGUUGGAGCCAAGGGAGAUUUGCGAUCAUGGUACAUACAGACCGACUUCGUGGCAUGCGUCGGCUGGACGAAGUUGACGUGACGAUGUCUAGAUUGACUUUAUGUUGUUGGUAUCCCGUCAAGGGAAGACGCGUCUGUCCAAGUGGUACUCUGCCGUGCCGCUCAAAGACAAGGCGCGCAUCAUCCGAGAAGUGACGACGCUCGUGCUCGGCCGCCCGCAGAAGCAAUGCAACUUCAUUGAGUGGAAGGACCAGAAGAUCGUGUACAAGCGGUACGCGAGCCUGUACUUCGUCGCGUGCAUCUCGAAGGAAGAGAACGAGCUCAUCACGCUCGAAGUGAUCCACUUGUUUGUGGAAGUGCUGGAUCGAUACUUUGGCAACGUGUGUGAAUUGGAUAUCAUUUUCAACUUCCACAAAGCGUACUACAUCUUGGACGAGCUCCUCAUCGGUGGCAACCUCCAAGAACCAAGCAAGAAGGAGAUCCUGCGCGUGUGCCAGCAGCAAGAAGACUUUAUGGAAGAGUCCAAGGAAGAUUUGUUUGUACGUCCUCGCACGACCACUCGUUAAACGACACGAAGCGACGGGCAUGCGACAAACGCCCAUGACAUGGUAGUUGUUAAUUUGGCAAUUCCAUAGCCGUCGGCUGUUCGUGACGUCCAGGCGGUUGUGUUCCAUGGUUAGAUCAUAAAUAGUUGUUGGAGACUGCAGAGCGCAUUUUGGUUUACUCGGACACCAUGUC